CAUUAUUUACCAGUGAGCUGCUGAGGCAAGAACAGGCCAAACUUAAUGAAGCAAGAAAAAUUUCUGUAGUAAAUGUGAAUCCCACCAACAUUCGUCCUCAUAGUGAUACCCCAGAGAUCCGAAAGUACAAGAAACGCUUCAAUUCAGAAAUCCUGUGUGCUGCUUUAUGGGGUGUAAACUUGCUGGUGGGAACCGAGAAUGGGCUUAUGCUGUUGGAUCGGAGCGGACAAGGAAAAGUGUAUAAUCUGAUCAAUAGAAGACGGUUCCAACAAAUGGAUGUGUUAGAAGGCCUCAAUGUCCUAGUAACUAUCUCAGGAAAGAAGAAUAAGCUUCGGGUUUACUACCUUUCAUGGUUAAGAAACAGAAUAUUGCACAAUGAUCCAGAGGUAGAAAAGAAACAGGGCUGGAUCACUGUAGGUGAUUUGGAAGGCUGCAUCCAUUAUAAAGUUGUGAAAUAUGAGAGAAUCAAGUUCUUGGUGAUUGCCUUAAAGAAUGCUGUAGAGAUCUAUGCUUGGGCUCCUAAACCUUAUCACAAGUUUAUGGCAUUUAAGUCUUUUGCAGAUCUUCAGCACAAACCAUUGCUUGUUGACCUCACAGUAGAAGAAGGACAAAGGUUGAAAGUCAUCUUUGGAUCCCAUACCGGCUUUCAUGUUAUUGAUGUAGAUUCAGGCAAUUCGUACGACAUCUACAUACCCUCUCAUAUUCAGGGCAAUAUUACACCUCAUGCCAUCGUCAUCUUACCCAAGACGGAUGGAAUGGAAAUGCUUGUGUGCUAUGAGGACGAAGGGGUAUACGUUAAUACCUAUGGACGCAUAACAAAAGACGUGGUGCUCCAGUGGGGAGAAAUGCCCACUUCAGUGG